UCCGGUUCUUCUUCUGUUUGUCAGACAUGUGCUGUGCUUUCGUAUACUGUGGCGCAGCAUCACGAGUGCUAUUUCAGAGCUUGCUGGCUUGUGAGUUUCUUUGCGUCAACUAGUCGGCUCAGCUGCUACUCCGUUGGUCGGCCGGUGCUUCUUCUCAGCGUCUGCAAAUACUUGUCCUGAGUACUCUAGCGAUAGUUUUGGAUUUCUUUAUAAAAUUUCCCCCUAUCAACCACAUUAUUGUUCUGUUCGCGUGGUGGAAUUUGUUUGGCCAGUAUUGUGCUGUCUGGUUUGAUUUGGUGAGUGAGAAUAGGGGAUACGCGGGGGAAGUUGAAUCGAGGUGUGGACCUAAGCAGUGCGCGAUUACUGACCUGAUGGGAGACUUAUAAGCGAUUCUUCUGAGUUUCGGGAAUGAAUAAUUUGAACCUGAGCUUUGCCGUGGGAUGGUGAAGCUGAGUUGGGACUUCGUUCUUGUAGGAUUGUGAUCUUUGGGAUAAAUGAGAGGUGGCAGUAAAGGCGGUGUGUGGUCCAUGGGUCGAUUGGGUGUGUUAGGUCGACAAGUCUGUCGUGUGUGAGACCGUUCGGGAGGUUGCGCACCAUGACUUACGCGAAAGCCUGCGUGUUUGCUGUGUAAUGCUCUAAGCCUAGGGAGUCUUGCUUGACAGGGAACACUGAUUCUUGUAAUUCUCUGGUGUUGUAGCAAAGUUUGAGUGGACGUCGAAGCUGUUGUUUAGUUAGGUGGGGUGAACCUUUGGAUCCCUUAGCGAGCUCUCUCUCUUUUGUCAUUACCCUGGCUGCGAGUGGCUUGCGGGCCGUGGGCAGCUAUCUCCUUUAUGCCAUCUACAAACGCGCCGUCUGUGUUGCAUUGUAGUUUUCUUGUUUGACCACCUUGCGUUAGCAGCGGCGUCCACUGUUUAAUCCUUGGUAUUCAUUGCCUUGUGUUUAUUGAAUCGGUGUUUAAAGAGAGUUGCUGCGUUCUAUCUCACUGUCGCAGCGUAAAUGGUGUUUCGCAGUUACUCUUCUUUUUUCUACCCAAUUCUCCUGUUCCUGAAGUUGAUAUCAUCGUGAGGUUUAACAGGAUCUAUGAUACCUUUUGUUCUCUCUCACUAGUUCAGUGUUGUCGCUCUUUGGCACGCUGAGAGUUAGUAUGAGCUUAGGCACCUGGAUGAUCAUCGCCCAAUUCAUUCCUCGGAUCAGCUGCAUGGCCUAGAGUGCGUUAAACUUGUAUGCAGCCCUCACAUGCCUGAGCCUUGCGACCGUGCUGCACCUGGAGAACUCGUUGCUGAGACCCUUAAGCGAGUUUUAAAACUCUUCUCAUUUCUAAAGCUCGGCUUCAGGUGCAAUCAGCUAAAAUGAUGGGAGAUAUGCAUCACGUGCACAGAGGAAUCAGGCCUUCUGAUGUUCCUCUCUACGACGAUACUGGAGUUCAGGAUUUGAACUCUUUUACUCCAGCCUACCAGCAGGUCAUACCUGGAAGUCACGGUGUUCCAGUACCAGUGUCAUGGUCGGCUACGGAUCCGACUCUGCUUUUGAACGAGCAAAGUAGCGGAAAAGGGCUGUUAUCUUGGCAAGCUGAGAGCUGUGUUCAGCAAAGUUUGCAAUACAGUCAAGCAGGUUUCGACACUGUAGGACACGUGGAGAUGAUGGCAGCUCUGAACGCUGAUCCAUACAAAUCUCUAGGGAACUAUGAGUUGACUCAAUUGGUUCAACUGUACUCAACAUAUUAUCAGGAUCCAUACCCUUAUUCAAACCUAUCUUUUUCGGACUCGGUCACUUUUCAGCCAGAUGUUUCACUGCCUACGUCGAGCGAUUGCUUGCAGGUAGUUAGUUCCUCAGGAAGCGACAGUUUAUCGACCACCGAGACAUGGAGGUCGGAGACAAGUGGGGGUUGUGCUCCGUCCAGUUAUGAGAACGUUCUCACUAACCUGAAUGAAUCCUCCUCCGUAACCCUGGUUAGAGACUCUCAUGACAGCAAUUUUCAGCCUCAGAGGCCGCAUCUGGACAUGUUGAAGCACGAUCAGGCGGUCUCGCUGCCACCUGUUCAUGAAAUGUGGAUUCAGAACCAAAUACAAGCCGGUGUCGGAAGGAAUACUCUGCACACAGUUCUGGCGUUGACUCAGGACAUGCCUUCCUACGAUGUGCUUCCUGUUAAAUCGUCAUCCGAUCCUCCGACUUUCAAACGUCCUAGAACUUGGGGUGAAGCCCUUCAGCAGGGAUCAGCACAUUGUGACUCCCUGCGUCACUCACUUGCUUCGAAAACUAGUCCGACACUUGAUUCUACACAGCUCAGUUCGUUGUCGAGAUCAAUACCUAGCCGGCAAUUUUCUUUCCAGGGAAAGUUGUCACCAAGUCACCUCUCAGGUGCCGGUGGGUCAACUUAUUCUCGGCUUCCGGGUCUGCCAGAGGAGGGCAGGUUGUGCAACGGUAAACCGGCAGCAACUUCAGUGGAGCCUCAGAGCGUCGCCGCAAGACAUAGAAGGAAGAAAAUUAGCGAGAGAAUCAGAGUUCUGGAGAAGCUUAUUCCUGGAGGUAACAAGAUGGACACUGCCACCAUGUUAGAUGAAGCGAUUGAAUACGUCAAGUUCCUUCAGUUGCAGGUACAGAUCCUUGAGAGUGACACACUUGACAACGCUCCCCUAACUGCAUCAAACGGGCAGAAUCUCCCACUUCAGGGGAGUAGAGCAAAGCAGGGAUUGAAACGAAAGGGAGAUACCUCUCUGGGAGGCGACUCAUCUCCAGCAUUGUCCGUACGGGCGGCAACGAGUCCUCUCAUCCUGUCAGAGGUGCUGCAGCAGCAGCUCUUCAAGCAGAAGCUUUGUCUGGUAUCAAUUCGGCAAUGUCCCCCACGCGCAGCUUCGACCCAAGCUGCUGCAGCUCCCAGCGUUUUGCGAAAGAAUUAGUGUGUAUUAUUAUCAAGUAGGCUGCUUGUGAAUAUUUAAUCAUAGACAGGUCGCUCCAGUUUUGGUACUUUAUAUCAGCGACGGUCCUGGCUCGAGAGCAUCACGAGGAUUUAGGUCAGUUUCAGGCCAUUGAGAAUCCAUUGUACAUGGAUACAAUACACUUAAAACAAUGUUUUGAUAAGCAGUUGGAAGCUUGUGUCAAAUUUGCGUGUUGUGCUAUUCUAA